AGACUAAAAAAAUAUUUCAGAAUCCCAGAGAGAGAGAGAGAGAGAGAGAGAGAGAGAAAUCGAGCUAUGAAUGAAUGAAAAAUGUCUCCGACCAUUCGCUCCUCGUUGCGCUGGUGAUCGCGAGCGCGCUCGUGGCCUUUCAUCCUGCGCUCAUCUCUUCUCCUCCUCCUCCUCCUCCUCCUCCAAAUCACAACACCAGCUCUCUCUUUAGCCCUCCGAUCUCAAACCCUAACCCUAACAUCAGCAUCAGGAUCAUGUCCAAGGCUCGCGUCUACACUGACGUCAACGUCGUCCGCCCCAAGGAGUACUGGGAUUACGAGUCUCUCGUUGUCCAGUGGGGUGACCAGGAUGAUUACGAGGUUGUUCGGAAAGUUGGAAGAGGGAAAUACAGUGAGGUUUUUGAAGGCAUAAACACAACCAACAAUGAGAAGUGCAUAAUCAAGAUCCUUAAGCCAGUGAAGAAGAAAAAGAUAAAGAGGGAGAUCAAAAUACUACAGAACCUUUGUGGAGGAACAAAUAUUGUGAAGCUGCUUGAUAUUGUCAGAGAUCAGCACUCAAAAACUCCUAGCUUGAUAUUUGAAUAUGUCAACAGUACAGAUUUCAAAGUAUUGUACCCAACAUUGACGGAUUAUGACAUUCGCUACUACAUAUAUGAGCUGCUUAAGGCACUAGAUUACUGCCACUCACAGGGAAUUAUGCAUCGAGAUGUCAAACCUCACAAUGUCAUGAUUGAUCAUGAGCUUCGGAAGCUCCGGUUGAUAGACUGGGGGCUUGCUGAAUUUUACCAUCCUGGCAAGGAAUAUAAUGUCCGUGUUGCUUCAAGAUAUUUCAAAGGGCCUGAACUUCUUGUUGAUUUGCAAGAUUAUGACUACUCUCUGGACAUGUGGAGUCUUGGAUGCAUGUUCGCUGGAAUGAUAUUCCGGAAGGAGCCAUUUUUUUACGGACAUGACAACCAUGAUCAGCUUGUUAAAAUUGCCAAGGUGCUGGGAACAGAUGAAUUAAAUGCUUACUUGAACAAAUACCGUUUGGAACUUGACCCUCAACUUGAAGCGCUUGUCGGAAGGCAUAGUCGGAAACCCUGGUCGAAAUUUAUUAAUCCAGACAAUCAGCAUCUAGUUUCCCCUGAGGCAAUCGAUUUUUUAGACAAGCUGCUCCGCUAUGAUCACCAGGAUAGACUUACAGCACGAGAAGCAAUGGCCCACCCAUACUUCCAACAGGUGAGAGCUGCAGAGAAUAGCAGAAACAGAACCUAGCGCCAUGUUGCGUAUGCUCAUAAACUACUAUAAUGUUCGCAAACGGCUGUCAUAUAUUCUUAUUCCUAAAACACCUGUUUCAUGUAACUUUUCUGCUUUGUUUGCGCCUGUUUGAUUGCAAAGUCAUGCAGAACUUUACUUCUAUGCAACAAUUACAUUUAAUUGUACUUCCUGUAUGAGAUAGGCAUUAUCCAAAUGCAUUUCAAAACGGCACUCUUAGUGUUAUCUCCACAAGCGCAAGGGUGAUCGUUCUUAAUGGUCUCAAUAUGUAGAGACUGGCUAAGCGAAACGCCUGAUAGUUAUUUUGAUUCGCCCUUUUUAUUCA